AUGCCAAGCAUCAACAAAACACAACAAAACGAGAACAAUAGCGAGACCGAAUUCUCGUUAACCAAUCAAGAAGAAAAAUCUUCAAACACGCUUAUUCAAAAAGAAAUAAUAGCAAUGGAAGACAUACUCACACAAUACGAAUUAAAUAUUUUAUGCGAACAAGAACAAAGCCAAAUACAGCCAAUACCGAUGCAAAUACCAAUAAUAGGCGGACACAUGAAAACAGAAACUCGAUUCUGGGAAUUCAUAAUAGAGAACGAAACCACAACCUACAUACGAUACGGCAACAUUCUAUCGAACGGGGUGCUUAAAGAACGGGCGACGCAAAUACAGCGACACCCUUCGUCGAAGCAGGCAAAGGCGUUUGUAAAGAUGUUGAUUGAUGAGAAAGUUAAAGCUGGAUAUGUGGGAUGGACAAAUUUCGAAAAUUAA